AUGGGCAACACAGGCUCACGGCCAGCCGGCACCGGACCACAGACCGCCGCUGCCAGUAGCUCAGCUACCACUACCCUCGCCACAACUGGUGCCAGUGCCGCUGGUGGUGGCCGUCAAAGGCCGGGCCGCCGUCCGCUCGAGCUCGGCCAGGUCGAGGUGGCUCGGAACGGACUGUGGCGCGCCGUCGGAGGAAGGCUCGGCGGAGAGAGCGCCACCCUCUUCAAGUAUAGUCUGGACUCCGACGGGGACGCCGGAGGCAACGGCGUGGCUGCCGCCGUGCAGAGGCGGGCUGUGAGGAAUGCCGCCAAGCGCGCCAAGCAGCUGAGGCACCCGGGUCUGGUCGCCGCCAACGACGUCGUCCUCAGCAACGACAUGCUCGUCAUCGCCACCGAGCACAUGAUCCCGCUCGAAAGUGUGCUGGCAGCCGGCAAGCUGCAUUGGCAGGAGGCGCAGGAGGGGCUGGUCGCGCUCGCCGAUGCGCUGCACUUUCUUCACGCCACCGCUCGCCUCGUCCACAACAACGUCUCACCCGCCACCGUCUUUGUCUCGGCCGCCUCCCACGCCUUUGUUCUCGUCGGCCUUGAGUUUGUUGUCUCGCCAAAGACACUACAGACAACCCCGUUUCUGGAACAGACCCGGAGCGUGCGUGAUCCGCGCGCCCGCGCGCCCGAGGACGACAUCGCCGCAAAUCCCGUCCACAACCACGACGCCACCCUCUUUGCUCGCGAUGCUUUUGGUCUCGGCGCUGUUGUCCGCGCUCUCAUCGCCGCCUUUCCCAACACUGAGUUCGGGAACGCCCUCGCAAAAAUCGAGCACGCGCUGCGGGCGCCCGAGCCGCGCUCCCGCCCAACCAUGGCCAUGCUGCCGUUGCGCCCUGGCCUCUCGCCAACCGCAAGCCCUCACCAUGCGCCGCUUGUGUUUCUUGCCCACGGUGCACGCGAGUUUGCCACCCUCGACGCCGCCGCAAAGGCCGAGUUUGUGGCAUUGGUCCCUAGCAUCGUCGAGCCUCUCCCGGCCUCGGUCAUCCUCUCUCGCGUCGCCCCGCUCCUGCUGCAGCCCAUGCUCUUUGUCGAGCCUCUCACACACAGCCUCAUCGAGUUUCUCUUUGGCUCGGGCCCCCGCUCGCUCGCCUCGCUGCUGGGCGACUCCGCCGCCUUUGAGCGUGUCAUGCUUCCCUUCUUUGCCAAAGGCUUUGACCUGCCGCUGCGCGCCGUGCGCCUCCCGCUACUGCGCAGUCUGGCCCUGGCAGUGGACCGCCUCUCCGAGCACGGCGUCGCCGUCCUUGAUCUUCCUCUCCAUCUCCCGCGCGGACUCCGCGACAGCGACGACGCCAUCGUGAUUGCCUCGGCAGACGCUGCCGUUGCAGUCCUGCUGCGUUCCAACGGGACCCAGCCGUGGCUGGCCUCCACCUUUGCCACCCUCUGCCACCGCACCGGAAACGCCUUUAAUGACAUGCUCACCGCGCUGCGCCUCCGCAUCCGCGAUCCGGAUGAGCUCGUGCGCGUCGCCGCCGUCACCCACCUGUGGUCGGCGUCCGAGGCCGUGCUCGGGACCGUCAAGGCUGUAGAAAAGUCCGCUCUCCUCCUCGAGCUCCUCCUCGAUCCCCGCGCCGCCGUCCGCGACGCAGCCGAUGCCGCCCUCCAGCAGCUGCGGGCAUCUGCGCUCGCGCCAAACGCCCCGCGCCAUGCGCUCUCGGCCUUCUCCUUGGACCUUCUCCUGGCUCCGCUCAAGCGGUCGAUGCGCCAGCGCGGCAUGAGCCGCUGGAUUCGCUCGUCGCACCUGGUUGGCGCAGUGCCCGAGACCCUUCCGGCCGAGUCGGCUGCCCUCGUCGAGCCCGUGGUCGUCCAUCCGGUCGACACCGAGGCUGUCGACACCGAGGCUGUCGACACCGAGCUUGUCGGCGCCGAGCUUGUCGACACCGAGCUUGUCGACGCCGAGCUUGUCAACACCGAGCUUGUCGACGCCGAGCUUGUCGACGCCGAGCUUGUCGAUGUCGAGCCGAUUGAUGUCGAGCCUGUGAUCGCUGAGCCGGUCGACAUCGAGCCGGUUGUGGUAACGCCGCCACGCCGGCCCGCGCCCGCGAUCGCGGGCGGCUUCUUUGCCGACAUGGAACCCGAGUUCAAAGCUGCAACGCUGGUGAGGCCAAAGCCGGAGCUGUCGGCGGCGCUGCGAGUGGAACCAAACAGCGAUGAUGGCUCGGCUGGGUGGGGCUCGGAAGAGUCGGGUGACAGCGAGGUGCUGCGCGGGGUGACGCGGUCGCCCGAGUCGCGUGCGACGCCGCCGCCCACUGCCCUGCAUAGCACCGAGUUGCCUACUGGCAUGGUUGAUCAUGUCGUGCCGGUGGCCGACGACGAGCUCGAGCCUUCAGUUGGUCAUGUCGCUCUGCUGCCCGAGACCGCGAGCAAUGAUUGGGCUGGCGGCUGGGGUGAGGGCGGAGACGACGAGAUUGACAUCGAGAUUGAUGUCGACAAUGACGUUGAUAAUCUUGGUGUGCUCGCCGAGACUGCGAGCGGCGAGUCGGCUGGCAGCUGUCGCGACGACAACGACAACAAUGUGGCUAUCGAGGCUGAUGCCGAUGGCGCGCGCGCUCUCGCCGCUGCGCCCGACGCCGAGCCUGAGCCUGCAGACGGCGAUGAGAGUGAGUGGGCUGGCGGCUGGGGCGACGACAGCGACGACGAGAUCGAGACUGAGACCGAGAUCGACGACGGCGCUGAUGACGCCGUGCGCCCUGCAACCGCAAGCGGCGAGUGGGUUGACGGCUGGGGUGAGGGCGGAGACGACGAGAUCGAGACUGAGACCGAGAUCGACGACGGCGCUGAUGACGCCGUGCGCCCUGCAACCGCAAGCGGCGAGUGGGUUGACGGCUGGGGUGAGGGCGGAGACGACGAGAUCGAGACUGAGACCGAGAUCGACAACGAUGGAGCUGACGACACCGCGCUCUCCGAAUCCGAGCCCGCAAGCCACCACCACGACGCCGCGCUCCCUGCAACCACAAGCGGCGAGUGGGUUGGUGACUGGGGCGACAACAGCGACGACGAGAUCGAGAUCGACAUCGAGAUCGACGACGACGGCGCUGACGACACCACUCUCCCCGAAUCCGAGCCUACAGCUCCCCACCAAGACGACGCCACUCUCCCCGAAUCCGAGCCCGCAAGCCACCACCACGACGCCGCGCUCCCUGCAACCACAAGCGGCGAGUGGGUUGGUGACUGGGGCGACAACAGCGACGACGAGAUCGAGAUCGACAUCGAGAUCGACGUCGACGGCGCUGACGACACCACUCUCCCCGAAUCCGAGCCUACAGCUCCCCACCAAGACGAUGUCACUCUCCCCAAAUCCGAGCCUACAGCUCCCCACCAAGACAACGCCACUCUCCCCACAACCGCAACCGGCGAGUCGGCUGGCGGCUGGGGCGACGACACGUCCGAAGCCGAGACCGACACACUGUCGUCAUCGCCACCAGCACUUGCGUCUAACUUUGAUAUCUCGUCUCUGGCUUCGCCCAGUGAGCUUACUGGCGCACAUGUCCCUGCGCGCCGUCGCACGCCACAUCGCACGCGGCUCGGCGCUGUUCGUGUCUCAUCGCCCGCGGCAGCGACAGCGUUCAACGACUUUGCCGAGCUGGCUCCGCCGCCCGAGCCCACCCUCGAUACGCAGGCAGCAAACGGGCUCCGGCGCGACCUUGAUCGCCCUCGCAAGAAGCGGAAGAAGCGGUCGACAGCAGCGCUCCAGGCAGCACAGGAGCGCCGGGCCCUGCGUGCACAGCUCGAAAUGCUGCAGAACAUCGAGCUUGCAUCCGCCAACUCGCCGUCGCGCAUGGCCGCCGUUCGUGACAAGGCCAAGGCUGGCGUCAAGAAACUCUUUGGCUCGUUCAAGGCAUCGUCCGGCUAG